AACGGACAGCGCACACGGCAGGAGCAGAGGCAAAUAGAGGUAUGCUUGGUAUCAGUACGGUGGGAAUAAAGUGGUAAACGACGGUAGGUCAUAGUGGGGGUACCAAGUUUACGAUUCUGGCAUCACUGGUUCCCAUAUCUUGUUUGAUCUAGCAUCUUUUCAUACAGUGCAUGUAUAUCCCUAGCAAGUUACCGGGCAGAACAAUGUGGCAGAUAUAGGAAUUACUAGGGACACGGUCCUAGUUACAACAGCACUAUUACGAGAGGUAUUGUUUACAAAAACAUUGUUGCGUGCGACGUUAAUUUCGGAUGGACGUUCGUGAAACGGGGACCCGUGAUGAAAAUUCUGGAGUCCGUGAAAUAAAAUUGUGCCCGCGGGUUGAAGACAGAGUAAAGAAUAGAUGGCGUGUGAAACAAUUUCUGAUAAGAUAGUGCAACCGUAUCCUUUCCCCGAUUUGGAACCAGUUUGAAAGGUCGCACGACAUUUGAAUAUGAUUAGUCAGACGUCGGAGGAACUGAUCGUUGCCGCCCCUCCUGGUGUAGAGAAAACAUCGAAGCAGGACUUGAGACCGCGGAAAUUGUCAGGAAGAACAUUCGAUUUUCUUCGGAGACGUAAUUCACGACGGGAGACUACGCCGAGAAAAAAAGUUGAAAGGGAGGAUGUCGUAGACGUUCGAAUCGUUGAGUGCAAUGUUAACAAUGCUGUCCCAACGAAGAUGUCGUUCAAUUUUUUCAAAAACAUCAAGAAGCACAUGCAAUUCAAGAAGCUGACAGCAUGGAAAUUCAAGCGAAAAGAGAAUGAGAUUCACGUACCAAGUUCAGAGGACAAGAUCAACUGUAAUUCGUUAAUGUUCUGCAGUGACAACCCUGUUCUUUCCACAGAGGAAAAUAAUCUGUCUGAAAAUGAACCAGAAGGUAUCGUUGAACCUUCUGACAAUCAGAACAAUGAUGAAACUGCAACUAGCAACAAUUCAUCUUUUCACACCCAAGAAGCUUUUGAAAGCCUGCAUGAAACCCUAGACAACUAUUCUGACACCGAUACAGAACUAAGUUUAUUUAACGCACAGGAUAUUGAUGAGCUUCGAGCAAACAAUAAAUGUGAAAAUAUUGUUAAUCCUUUGCGGUCUUGCUCUAGUAACCAGGAACAGCAAUCAGGAUACAAUCUUGUGAUAAGAAGCAGAAUAAGAGAACAUCAAAUUGCAAAUUUUCUGGGAAAUGUAAAUAUCAAUGAAACAAUAAGCAAUGACAACAAAGUGAAAGCAAAUCUAACAAUGGAGCUGCUUAAAUUAAGCAAUUACGGAUGGUAUUGGGGGCCUAUAUCAGGUACAGAAGCUGAUGCUAAGCUAAUCUCUGAACCUGAUGGUGCUUUCUUAGUCAGGGACUCUUCAGAUGACAGACAUGUCCUGACACUUAGUUUUAAAUCAUCUGGUAAAUUGCUCCAUACUCGUAUGGAACAUAGCGGUGGUUUAUUUUCUCUCUGCAACCAAAGUGAAAGCGAAGGAUUCAGCUCGGUAGCCGAUUUAAUUGACUAUUCGAUGAAUUUUAGCCAGUCAGCUGUAAUUUGUUAUUCACGACCUAAGUAUCCCGGUCAUCCGUCUUUUCCAGUUAGACUAACGAAACCAGUAAGCAGAUUUACCCAAGUACGGAGUUUGCAAUACCUUUGCCGUUUUGUUAUACGUCAGAAUACUAGAUUGGAUAAUAUUCAUAAAUUGCCUUUACCAAACACCAUCAAAGGGUACAUAGAGGAAGCUCAUUAUUAAUAUGAAAUGUAAAAGUCAUCUUUUACGAAAACUCGUAUAUCAAUGCA